GUUUGUUGUAACGGAAUGCAAAGUAAAUACUACAAGAUUUAAGAGCGCUAUGGAAACUGCCACGUGAAUUAUGAAGUCAAACACAGCAUUCGCUUACGGUAAAGAGCAUUGCUCUUUAGCAUUGCUUGGUCUAUUAAGGAACACAGGAAAUUCUGUAUCGUCCGAGAUCAGCUGUGCUUUUCAAAGAAAGAAGAAAUGUCGCUAUCUCCUUUAAGAGGAACUGUGUUUCUAACGCUGAUGUUGUACUGCUGGUUGUCUACCGACACUCGUUGGAACGUACGAGCUUUGGUGUACCCUAAAGGUGCUACGUACAAGUUUAAUAUAGGUAUGGGAUUCCCUGUGGAUUUGCCGCAGAAAAUCCUGUCGUUUUCAAUGAACUUCCAGUUCCAGUACACGCAGCCUACGAACUUCACUCCUCUGAAAGAGUUCCCUGAAGUCAGACGGUCCUUUCGUGAGACAGUGGACAGGAGUUCGUCUUACCUAGCCCUGCAGAAUGUCAUGGAUAGACAUGGGUUGGACGGCAGAAACUGUCUUCUGAGAAGUAUCUGCGAGGUUGCAGAGGCCCCGGUCUACUACAACGGGUUAAUAGGAGAAUUACUCCACGUGAUUCUUUCGCCAGGAUAUGGCUUCAACACCGAAGAACAUGUCGACUGGGACUACCACGAGGCGAGACGUCACGGAGAAGGGGGUGGAGACUGCCGCCAGGCCUACCCGACCUGUCCCUUCGGUGAUGGACUCCUAGAUCUGAUAUCUCUGUUGGACACCUAACACUGGCCAAGCUUUGGCACGAAUGCAAUUAAAAUAUCAAAACUUCCAUAUUUUGUUCCAACUUUAUAAAUUUUGCUUUACAAAGUUGCGAGUGACUGUCCCACAUAUAAACUGAUAUUUAUGUAGAUUAAGAUACAUCUACUCGAGUGAAUAAUUCUGUCAUCUUCAUUAGUUAAUUGAUUUGAAUCCAGUUCAACUUCAAUAUUUAUUCCAGACUCCCACAACAUGCAAGUGAAAACAAACGUAAAACCUGAAUAUCAGUUAACUCAGCAAAUCUCUAUGAAGAUAAUAAUUAUACAACCUUGACUAGCGUAUUCGAUAUAGCGACUG